CGAGGGGUCGAGAAGCAUGCUGCCGCUACGAAGGGUCCUGCUGGCGCGUCGCCUGCCCCUGCCCUCGCAGUCGGCGGAGGCCUUGAUGCUCGCGCGGCACCGCGGCGCCGCUGGGGGGUGGGCACGCACCUUGUGCGCCAAGGCCGAGGCCAAGCCGGAGGCCGCGGCCGAGCCCGCUGCGGAUGCGGCAGAGGCGGAGGCUGCGCCGGGGACGUCGGAGGGCACCGACGGCGACGCCGCGCGGGUCGCGGAGCUCGAGGCGCAGCUGAGCGAGCUCGACGAGCAGCUCAAAGCGAAGCACGACCAGGUGCUGCGCGCGCUCGCUGAGGCGGAUAAUGCGCGGCGGCGAGCGGCGAUCGACGUGGAGAACGCGAGCAAGUUCUCGGUGGGCGGCUUCGCCAAGGACCUUCUUGACGUGGCCGACAACCUCGGGCGCGCCGCCGAUGCGGUGCCCGCCGAGCUGCGCGACUCGGAGGAGGCGCCCGUGCUGAAGAACCUGUACGAGGGAGUCGUCCUCGUCGACACGGUCCUGCACAAGGUCUUCUCAAAGCACGGCCUCACCAAGAUUGAGCCGCUCGGAGAGAAGUUCGACCCGAACUUCCACAACGCCAUGUUCGAGGCGCCAGACCCGACCAAGGAGCCAGGCACCGUCAUGCACGUCGCCUCGCCCGGCUACGUGAUGCACGACCGCUGCCUGCGCGCCGCCGGAGUCGGCGUCGUGCAGAAGCCCGCCUGAGGGGCGCACCGCGGGCGGCGGCCACCCGCCAAGGGGCGCGCGGGGGUGGCCGAGAGGCAGGCUCUGCCGCGCGCGGGUGGCCGGCGGGCUCCUCGACGAGCUUGGGACGCGAGGCGGCAGGGCGGCACCUCCCAAGCGUGAGCCGAGGGGCAGGCCCCGGUGUCUUGCGGCGCAGCGCGUCUGCGCGUGCUUUCCGCGGCGUGCCGCCCAUCCGGAUCAGGUGCGAUAUGAUUUAAACGAGAUGAGGAACGGCCCAACGGCGAGGCGUGUUUGCCGUGAUUGAAAAGAAAGAUCGCAGGAAACCGAGAUGUGCGAGGCUGAGGGAGGGGGGGGCGCAGUUAGAGCUGUCAAACGUUAAGAGCUGAACAGUGUUGCUAGUGUUAACAGUAACAACAGAACAACAGUGGGGCUCCCCAACAACAGUAGCUAACGUUAGGCCAGCUGAACAACAAU